AUGCAAAAAAAAGAUGAACAGAUUCAAAAACUUGAAGAAACAGUAAACAAUUUACAGCAAGAAAUUAAAGAUUUAUUCGUAGCGAAUUUUAAAAUAUUUGAUUUUGAUGAUGAAAAUGAACGAAUUUAUGAAUCUAUCAAUCCAUCUUCUGCCACCGAUGAAUUUUUUGCAAAUAUUGAAACGGAAGAAGGAAAAAUUGAUUUGAAGUCAGAUGCUCAGAAUGUUAGCGAUGAAAAAGUGAACUUGGAAAUGGAGGAAUCUGAAACUGUUGGAAAAGGUGAAACACCAACAGAAACGAUUGAUAGUGAAUCCGAUGUAAAGUAUCAUGCAGCAGCAGCAGCAGCAGCAGUAACUGAUUUGCAUGCAACAGGCGCUACACAAAAAAUUGCGCACAUUCAUUCGGAGGAAUAUAUGAAAAAGUUGAAUUAUAUUCGUGAAACAGCAAAAUUAUGUAUUGAAAAUUAUAAGGAACAAUUGAAGUAUAAAGAUGAAGUUAUUGAAAAAUAUAAAUCAUUGCUGAAAAUUAUGCCGGAUGAGUGCGAUGCGCAAAGAAUCACUGAUAAUGAUUCAGCGCUAAUUAUGGACAAUUUAUCGUGGCGAAAAUUACGAACAUCAAGCGAAAUUUUAUCUCAAAAUUACAAUGCUGUUAUUGAAGCAAAAGAUAUGGAAAUAGUUAAAUUACGAAAUGAAAUUGAGCAAUUUAAUAAGGCAAAUCAAAAACUUACAAAUGAUCUCCAACAUUUUUACAAGAAAACUAAACAUUAUACCGAAAUCAGUACGCAAACUGAUUUACGUGAAGUGAUGGACGAUGAUGAAAUUGCGGAAAGAAUUAUUUCAAAUGAAGAAAACAAUUCAAAAUCAAAUGUAACAGAGGAAUCAAGAAAAAGUACUAUCAAUCAAAAAUCGACAAUAAUUACACGGACGCAUACGCCAUCAUUAAUACAGUCCACCAAACAUAAUGCUCCAACUGAUAAUGAAGUAACUGAUAAUGAUAUUAUGAUGGAAACAUUACGACGAGAGGAAUCAAAAAUGAUGAUAAUGCGUAUGGAAAUUAGAGAUUUAAAACAGCGUAACGCUGCAUUACAUAUUCAGAAUCAGGAACUGGAAAAGGCAUGUGAAAGUAUUCGAGCUGAAGCAUUAUCUGAAAUUAAACAAAGUUAUACAUCCAAUAUUAGCACCGAAUCAGAAGCUAUUGUCAUGAAACUUCAACAAGAACUUUCUGCUCUUAAAUUAGAAGCUGGAAAUCAAAAAAAAUUGAUUCGAGAACAAAAAGAAAUUAUUGAUCGAUUGCAGAAAAAUCAAUCCGUUAAAAAUGCAGAGGAAGAGAUAUCAAAGUGGCACGAAAAGAAGGGACGUGAAAGUAACAUAAGUGCACUUCGGAAAAAACUAAAAGAAACGGAACAACGUGAACAAGAAAUAUGCGAAAGAUUGAAGAAGCGGGAACAGCAAAUUGAGCAAUUGCAUAAAUUUGAAAACAGCAGAAGCACUGAAUUGAGACGAUUGCAGGAAAUGAUGAGAAGAUUGAAGAAUGAUAAAGAAAUGAGCAAUUUGCAAAUGAAAAUAGUAAAUGAUCGCUUAAAAACGGCAGAGGAAACAAAUAGAUAUUUGAAUCAGAAGAUAGCUCAAAUGAAAAAG